CAUCGCGGGGCCGCGGUGUGUGGAAGCCGGCGAAGGAGCCGCCUGAGCUCGUACUCCAAAAUGGAUCUGACACAGGCGGAAUGUGUUAUUAAGAAUAUAAUCCGGGAAAUCGCCCAGGAGUGCGCUGAUAGAGGACACUCCAUCUCCGACACCCUUGUGGCAUUCAUGGUUAAAGCUGUUGUUCUGGAUCCAAGAUAUGAGUUCAAUGUGGAUAGAAGACUCACAAAGACCGAUGUGCACAAGCUCAUCACGGUUUGUGUGGACAGAUUGCUUGAAGCAGAUCGGCCAUCUCUUGACACGAUCAAGAUGCAAAUAUAUUUUGAUCUGAAUUACACAAGUAGAGCGGAAUUCCUCGCAGAGCAUCGUUGUGUCUUGGAGUCUAGACUGGCUCCUGUGCGCAGAGAAAUCACAGAUUGCCGUGCGAGGGCACGAGAAGAAUUGGAAUGUCUGUACCGUAAAGUCGUCAGCUACGUCCUGCUCCAUUCUGGCCUUGGCUCCCCCACUGACAUAAGUGUAGUAAGAGAAGCAACUGCUGCUCUGCAAAGUGUCUUUCCACAGACAGAACUGGGUACCUUUCUUGCCCUCACAAAAAAGGACAAGGAACGGCAGCUGAAUGAACUAAGCAUGAUUGUCACUGGCAUCCGACUGUUCAACAAAAACUGCAAGAAGGGUGGCGAGGGCAUUGAUGACUUGCCUGCCAUUCUGAAUGAAGCCCUGCCAGCAACCAAACAAAAUGUUGAGUCUGAGCUGCAAGCUACUCAGCAAUUGGUUUAUCACUACACGGCUAUUAUCGAGAGGCUGGAGAAAAGUCGGCAACAGUGCUAUGAAAUAGAUGGGCUGCAUGAUAAGCUGAAGGAGGCUUUAUUCAAUGUGAGGCAGCAUGAGGUCUUUCUGUGCAUCAUCAUGACUGAAAUGGUCACAUGCGCUAAACAGGUUGAAAUGCUACAGGAGCAAUUAAAUAAACGGAUGGAAGAGUUGCACGCUGUGGUUAAGUCAAAGGCGGCAGUACCGACUGCACAAGUAUAUCCUCAUUUUAUUUGUCUCUCCAACCUGUGGAGCUCUUUCCAAGAUGAGAUGGUGCUGCUCAGUGUCUUUAGCAACUUGAUAACCAACUUAGAUCCGUACUUGGGAGCCCACUCACGGCUCUUUCCGGCUGGCGUCAUUGGGCCCUUGCUAGAAGGAGUGGAUGUGAAAACAGAUGAAGAGAGAUUAAGUGAAGUAUCAGAAGAAAAAAUAAUUCCAUCAGACUUCAAGAAUCGGGAGUGGAUCUUUCCAGAAGGCGCACACCUUUAUCACCAACUGAGCACGCAGUUUCGAGGAUUCUGUGCUUACACACUUAGUGCAAGACAUGGCCUCCUUCUCAGAGGCAACCCUAAUAUUGGAAUUCUUAAAUAUCAAGAAAAAUAUUACACCUUCUCCUCAAAGGAGGCUGCUACUGCUUUUGCUCAGAAGCCUGACUAUUACAUUGCUAAGGCAGCAGAGGAAGCCAAACAGUCUCCAGAGCUCAUUCAGCUGCUGGAACUCCAUCAGCAGUUUUCCUCAAUUGCUCCCUAUGCACAGCCGGAGAAAUGCUUGAGACCCAUUGCAAAAUGUGACAGUUGCACACAAACUGACACUCACAUCCUGGAGCCAAACAUCGUUCGAUCAUAUGAAUGGAAUGAGUGGGAAUUAAGAAGAAAAGCAAUUAAACUGGCAAACCUGCGGCAGAAGGUCACUCGUUACAUGCAGACAACUCUCAGCUAUAUGAGAAGAGAUAACACUUCCCAAGUCUACCUUCCCAAGGAUAAGACAGUACAGACAAAACGAGAUAAUUCCAGCAAUGUGCCCAAGCCACAGGUCUUCUAUGCUGGCCUUCGUGGAGGAAAUGUUACAGAACCUACACGUGUGAUCAAAUUCAACUUAACAAGAGCUGUAGAUGAAACAUAAAACUGAGCUUCUUUUGUCAACAGAAAGCUUUAACAAUAAUUCUUUCUCACUAGACUUUUGUGUGGCUUUUGACUGUCAGAUUUAGUAUUGCUAUAUAUAAAAACAACAAAAAUGUUUAAAAUAUGUGGAUACAGCACAUUACGCAAUUCCUAUCCUAUUUCUCUUAUUGCAGUAGAAUUUGUUACCAUAACAAGCACUAGUACAAGUCUAUGCAGCCUUGAAUAAAGUUGAUUAAAUUUGUUGAUUUGUUGAUCAUGGCCAUGGAUUGGGACUAUUAAAUUCAAGCAUAUCGUUAAACCCAUUUAGAGAAUUUUAAAUGUACCAACUGGGCGCUAUGCUAGUGAGCAGCUUAUUGUCUGUGCAAGCACAAUGUUAAAUUGUCUUGAGCCCAAUUGGAGUAAAAGAUGUGGUUGGCAAUCAGAUACUCCACUGGUAAAGAGAAGUGAGGAGUUUGGGGGAGGAUUACAAGAGGAUAGUGUCAAUAUAGAGUGGAGGUGGCCUGUUUCAUUAAUGUGUAAGAAGUAAGGGUCGCCCCUGGCUUUAUGAUUAUAUGAAUUUUUGAAAUAAAAUAAAUAGAUUACUUGGAUAUCUUCAGCAAACCUCUUUAUAGAAACACCCAUUAGGUGCUGUAAAAUCUAGAUGGAAUAUGUGCAGGACAAAACUGCUUAACUUACACAAAUUUAGGAAAUAGGUCCUGAAAUUUCACUGUUAAAUGGAAAUAAAAUCUGUGAAUGAUGCCUG